GCACACGCAGGUCCACACGAGAACUGUCUAUGGAACUGGUCGGUGGGGGCGACUAGCGUUACAACAGAGCGAGCACUGGCGCUAGCAACAACAGAAUCAUCAGAGGACCGGAAUAUUCUAGCUGCGACCGAUACACCGAUUCUCGGGAGACAGACUCUGAAGCUGUAGAAGAUCAUUUCAGCUCCUCAAUACACAGUACAAGCUGGGGGAUGGCGGUGAACGUAUACUCCACUUCGAUGACCAUCGAGAACCUGAGCAGACAUGACAUGCUCGCUUGGGUCAACGACUCUCUGCAGCUCACAUACACUAAGAUAGAGCAGCUGUGUACAGGUGUGGCGUAUUGCCAGUUCAUGGACAUGCUGUUCCCUGGCUGCGUCCUGCUGAAGAAAGUGAAGUUCCAGGCCCGUCUUGAGCACGAAUUUAUCCACAACUUCAAAGUGCUGCAGGCUGCCUUCAAACGCAUGAAUGUGGACAAGAUCAUUCCGGUGGAGAAGCUGGUGAAGGGCAGGUUCCAGGACAACUUUGAAUUUGUGCAGUGGUUCAAGAAGUUGUUUGACGCCAACUACGACGGCAAAGAGUACGACCCGCAGCUGGCCCGCCAGGGCAUGGAGGUGUCCCCGUCACCUAACCCAGGUGAUCUCAUUUUCCACAAACCCAGGAGGCCCCCAGGACCCCAGCGGACGUCCCCCACAGUGCCCAAAUGUGCGCCUGUCCCACAGCGGGCCGUCACCAGCACCCCCUCCUCUGGCAUGAGGAGACACAUGCCCCUCUCUCGCAACGGCGGCAGUGAUGCAGAGGUCCUGGAGCUCAAUCAGCAGUUGAUGGACCUGAAGCUGACAGUAGACGGACUGGAGAAGGAGCGAGAUUUCUACUUUGGCAAGCUGCGGGACAUUGAACUCAUCUGCCAGGAGCAUGAGAACGACAACAACCCUGUCCUCUCCAAGAUCAUGAACGUCCUCUACGCCACAGAGGACGGUUUCGCUCCCCCUGAGGAGGAAGAGGAAGUGGAAGGGCAGCCCCAGGAACAGGACGAAUACUAGCGCACCUCUUCCCCCCACCGCCCCCCUGGCCCCGCCCCCUUUGCUUCCUUCAUCACUACUCAGUUUUUUAAGUAAUCAUUUCUCCUCCCCCUCUGAUCUAACACUUUUAUUUGUUGUUGUUGUUGUUCUGUUCCUCCCAUUCGCCCCCUUCUGUUCUCAUGAGCGCUUCCUUAGUUGCAUUUUCCUCCAUCCCCAUUCAACAGGAACACACACAAGCUAAAGGAACUGGCAGCAGGGUUGUGUGUGUGUGUGUGUGUGUGUGAGAGUGUGUGCUUUAUGUGUGUGUGUGUGUGUGUGUGUGUGUGUGAGUGUGAGAGUGUGCUUUAUGUGUGUGUGUGUGUGUGUGUGUGUGUGUGUGAGUGUGCUUUAUGUGUGUGUGUGUGUGUGCUUUAUGUGUGUGUGUGUGUGUGUGUGUGUUUGAGCAGUCCCUCGGCCAGCCAUCAGCUUCAGCAUCCACAAACAGCCUCUCAGCACCUCACCCCACACACACACAUACAUACACACACACACACACACACACACACACACACAAAUACUACUGCUACACACACCCCAUUGCUUUUAACGUCUUACUCUGUCACUGCACUGCAACUGUGUCACAUGUCUCAGCACAGUGGAACUGACACAUGAAUGGGUGAUGGGUGACAUGUUUGUGUUUGUUUGUUUCUUCGUUCAUUGACUUUGUUGAUAUUAUUUUUUAGCUGAAUUGUUUUAACAGCUUAUUUAUUUUGAGAUUGUGUGUGUUACCCCGUUGGUUCCUCUGGCAUUGGUUUUGCAUUUGCGAUGGAGCCCCCAGUGUGUCAUGACGUGACGUAAGGGAAAGCCCUCGACCUGCGCACCCGUGAGUGGCGACCUCGCCUGCGGUCAGAGGCAGGACAGGACCCAGCAACCUGCCCUCAGUCCCAGAUCAGAGAAAGAAUGGAGUGAUUUUUAUUUUUGUAAAUGUGUGUGUUUGCGUUAGGAAAGGGGGGCUGGGUUCUUGGUGAUGGGUUUGCUAGCUAGAGCAGAGAGAGAGCAGGCUUUUAAGAAUGUGAAAGUAUUUAUUUAUAUGAAAAAAGUUUGCAGAGUGACCUACGCUCGCUAUUAUAAGAACAAACAAAAUGAGCUGUUGUACAAUUUGUAAUGAAUGCUAAAGCAAGAAGAGUUUUAAAUAAAAUCACUAUGCCAUUACUAAUGGUUUACUGACAUUGUAAAAAAAAAAACAUUAUUUUUUUAGCUGCUAUACUUUAAGUUCUGUUCAGUUAAUGUUUUUCUGUUUAAUUUCUUUUGUUUUUGGGAUUUGAGAUUUUGAUAUGUUGCACAGCAUGGAAUGCCACUUUGGGUGAUUGACAGGGGUCACUCUGUUGUUGACAAACAUCUGGAUCCCCACCCACCUCGUGGCCCUGUAGUGCUCUGUGCAGAACACACAUCUGUUUGGAGUUUUAUUACAGAAAAAUAAACGAGUGUGGGGACAGGAAAACCAA